GAAAGUACUUUUCGAAUUUUUCCAGUAGCUUGCGAAGCACGCAGAAAAAAGUCGCUCACCCAGUACAGUUGAAGACGCGAAGAAAUUUUCGUACUUGAUAUUUCCCACUACGUCUUCUGCCUCAUCAAAGUGAGUAUCGUGAGUCCUCUCAAGGCCACAUACAUUUUUCAUAUUGUAGAAUACCCUGUUUCUGGGGUACCCGGGAGCCGCAUCCUCCCUCGCUGGGUAUAAGCGAAUUCGCCCGUAAGGGUCCCGUCUCGGCGGAAUGAAAAAUAGAAUAAGCGAUGAUCAUGUAGUUUUUUGCCAAAGAUAAAGAUCAACUUCUACUUCUAGUAUGGAUGGGCUACAAGCGACCUGUAUGAUGUUGUGACCGCUGUUGGGCCAGAUGUGCUGCGUCCUUUGUACCUGUGACAAGUAGCGCAGUCUUGGCGUUCCUCUGUACACCUAGCACCGGGCCGGCGACCAACUUUUUGCUCCAAACAACAGAAGUGGCUGCUUCCCUUUAUUGUCUGACCGCUGCCGCUGCGACCGAAGAGAAUGGCGUCCUCGCAAAUCCAGUGUACAGUCUGCUUGGAGGACUUCGUGCGGGACCUGAACCCGCCGAUGUCCUGCGUGCCCUGCGGGCACGUGAUUUGCGAACCCUGCUUGGCUAGCUGGCGUCGCUCCCUGCCCUACUUCAGCGACUUAACGUGCCCCAUCUGCCGCGGUCGCGUGCGCGAGACCAUGAUGAACCGCUCCCUAAUGGACGUCCUGGAGGACCAAGCUUCCGGUCGUGGUUUACCCCGUGGACUGCCAGUCACGAUGCCAGACGUGCAUCUGCGGCCCGCGUCGCAGGGUGCAUCUGCAGGUACUACAUUACAAUUGUCUGUACUGCUGACUCGCAAAUAUCUUCUCAGGCGCUUCGAAACGGUUUUUUUUUACGCUGGAUUGAAAUAAGAUGAAACAAGGAAAAGGCAACUUCAAUUGUGCCAUAAACAUGAUCUUUCCACGACAAUGCCAUUAAUACGCAAAAAAAUACACACACCAAAAUUAAGAGAAUGCGUGCCACCGCCGCGCUGCGCAUGUGCUUUUCUGCCCCACAAACCACGCACGAACCGCAAUCACACGCCACGUUGUAUUUCCCACUGAGUCUUCUGCUCCUGCCUUUGCCUUCGCGCGACUCCGCCCGCACAAUCAGAAACAUUGUUUGCCUGCCGCGCAAAGCUUGCGAGAACAGAAAUUAGCGGCCGCACGACUACGACGAGCUUGUGCGAUUUUGAACAAAACAUUUUGUCAUCGUCGAGCAGACCGGCCACGCAUACUUGAUAAAUGAACGAGCUACGCAUAGAAAGAACAUCUUUCCUCUCGUCACAGCCGACGGGAGCCCAGCAAGUGCAACUUUUGCGCCGCCGGGGCGAACCUCUUCUUCCACCGCCGCCACGGAAAGCGACACAGCGAAUCCCGGCGGCAGUACGGCGAAUGGCCGUCCCUCCACUUCGUCGACAGCGUCGACGCCGUCGGGAACUCGCAACACGCUGGUACAGCUGCCGGACGGGUCCUCCAUUACGCUGAGCAACACGCUGCAGGGCCGAAAGCAAACGAUGGCGCACGAGCUGCUGCCGGAGAAAAGCUGCGUUUGCUUUUACGUCAUCGACAACUCAGGGAGCAUGGGCCGCGACGACGGCAAGAAGUUCGAGACCGUUCUGGAAAAGAACGCCUGGAAACUGGUCAAGCGGGGCCACGGGUCCGUCACGAGGUGGGAGGAGGCCGCCGCCAAGUGCAUGCAGAUUGCGGUCUACAACUUGCGCCGCAAGAUGCGCGCAAGCUACUACCUACUUAACCCGUCGACGGCGCGCACGCAAUGGAUCGAUGAGCUGGACCAGGUGUUGCUCGACGCCACGGAUUGCAACCUCACCCGGCUGGAGGCGGAGCUCGCCGCACACUUCGCCGCGGGAGCAGCCGGAAGAACGACCACCACGUCCUCCGAACCGGCAGUCAGCAGACCGGGUGUGCAGCUGCUGCCGAACCUGUUGUGGCUCGUGACCUCGCCAGCUGGUGUGCGCACUUUGUGCGAGUGCCUCACCCGGAGCGGCAACGAGGAGUUCGGGCGGCGGCUGAACGUGCUGUACUUCAACCUGCUGUCGUCGGGGAGCAUCCGCGGUUCCACCCCCCUGCACAGCAUCACGCAGUACCUCAGCCGCGAACUGGAAACGAUGACCCGCGAAAUGAACCUGCGGCACGCGCUUCCCAUCAACAUGAACCUGAUCACCGACGGGGAGCCGGAUAACCGGAUUCAGUUCGAGAACCAGUUGAAAAAAUUGUGCAACGAGUUCCGCAGCUCGCUCGCGAUCAUGCUCACGAUCAACCUGUGUACCGACGACGACGACGUGGUCGACUACUACAACGAACUGGAUAAGAAGCUGGGGAACGAAAUCAACUCCCUCGACGUGCUGGAUGACCUCGAGAGCGAGCAGAAGGAGGUUCUCAAGGCGGGGAACACGUUUGUGACGUACUGUGAGGAGCUUCACGUCUGCCGCAUGGCCGGGUGCAACGCCGUGAUUGCCGAUUCCAUCGACGAAGAAGAGUUGCAGGUGUUCCACGCCACGAAGUUAGCCCGGGAGCUUCUCGGCUUUUCCAGCUCCACGCUCGCGAAAGUUGGGUCGACAGUGGCGGCGGAUCAAAGUUCAUCUUCAGGUGGGGCUGUUAAUGCCAAUUCCUCUACAACUUCUCCGAGGACAACGACGGCCGCGGAUCCCUCCGUCGCCUAUCAAUGUGGCGAAGAUAUUCCCUCGUGGUUCGACGACACAGAAGACUUUCUGCGGAAGCUAGAGCAGAACAACAGGAAUGUCUACGACUUCUACUACAAGGCAAACAAACCGCUGGUGAAUGUCGGUAAGGUGCGGAACAAAAUCUGGUGGCACAAGCAGAAGGAAGGCGUAUCCAAAUUUUUCGGCGGGUUCUUUGGUUCCCGAAGAUAGCAUGGGGUCAGAGCGGAGAAGCGGCUUGUUCCCAAUCGACCCACGCUACAGAAACUUAGCUCACGCACUGCAAUAAAACACUGAGGUUUAGUUUCAGAACUACACACGUUGUAAAGAGCAAUUGCUACUACCAUUCCAGUUCUUGUUUCGUGACGAGCCAGCAGAGUGUCUGGACUGCAAACCUGCGACAUGCAGGUUUUCAGAGGACGAAUAUCACAAGCAACAUGAAACUCUCGCGGCGACCAGCAAUACCGACGCCUUCCUAGGAU